UUCGCUUGAGCAAUCAAUCGUUUUAAAUUGCAUCACGAAUUAAUGAGAUACAUAUACAUGUUAUUAAUUAUUCGGUGCGGUUAUAAAUCACAAGAUAAAGGUACAUUAAUAAUUGUAAAAGGUGUAUCAAAUGAAACUUCGGCGAAACUUGAUAGGUUAACGUUAUUAAUUUAACCGCGACUCGUUCGAAAUUAUAAUUUCAUGUUCACGUAAGGUUUUAAUAAGAAAGUGCGUGCGUCUAAAUUUUAAACUAAAUUCAAAUCUCAUUGAAUUCCUGUCUACGCAAGUUAGCUACCAGCGUAAAUUAAAAGUCCCUGGCGUGGACACUAGGGACACUAUCUUGCAGUGUGCGUAAGCCUUUACGUUCAGUCUGUAGAUACAAGAUAGGGCAAAGGCAGGGACGCCGCUUUCAAAGUUAUCCUUUAAGUUAUUCAGUGGAAAUCAAUUGUUUUCUGUUGGUGCGAAUUAUUGGGUGAUUUACCAAAUCUAGACAAUAUUUAAAACUGACGUCUGUAAAAACAUCAAUCAAAAUAAGCAGUUCAAAGGACAUAACCAUGCCACCGAAGUGUAAAUUCCAAGAAGGUGAAAAAGUCCUAUGUUUUCAUGGGCCAUUAAUUUAUGAAGCAAAGUGUCUAAAGUCCUCCAUUACCAAGGAGAAACAGAUCAAAUAUUUCAUUCAUUAUGCUGGAUGGAAUAAGAAUUGGGAUGAGUGGGUUCCGGAAAGCCGAGUUCUUAAGUACAACGAGGCAAACGUGCAAAGGCAAAAGGAGGUUCAGAGAGCACAUUCGAAUCAACAGUCCACGCAGAAGAACAAAAAAGGCAGCACGUCUUCUAAAACUCAAGGCCGUAGAAGCGAAGGAGGCCGUGAAAAAGACACUGAUAGCAGAGCUAGCACUCCUGUAGCGACUGUUGACAAAACAGUUAGCAGAUUUACUAAAAGUACUAGUAGUACCGUGACGCCGUCAUCUUCUCAUGACUCCACUUCGGAUGCUCCACGUAAAAAACGCAGCCGGAUGGAGCCAUGUGGUGACACUGAAGAAUAUCUUACCAAGGUAGAAGUUAAAAUUAAGAUCCCAGAAGAACUGAAAUUUGUACUUAUAGAUGAAUCAGAAGUUAUAUUAAAACAUCAUAAAUUACCCGCAUUGCCUGUAAAAAAUACAGUCGAUAAGAUUUUGGACGAUUACGUAGAAUCAAAGUCGGCAGGAAAGAAUGAUUCUGUUAGGGAAAGUGUACUAGAAAUAACUAAAGGUAUUCGCGAGUAUUUCAAUAUAUCCUUAGGCUUGCAAUUAUUAUACAAAUGGGAACGUCCACAAUUUAUUCAAAUAAUGAAUGACAAUCCUGAAACACUGCCCAGCCAAUUAUAUGGAGCCUUCCAUUUAUUAAGGCUAUUUGUGAGACUGGGUGGAAUGUUAUCGUAUACUACAUUAGAUGAAAGAAGUAUACAGUUGUUACUAUCCCAUUUCCACGAUUUUCUACAAUAUUUACAGAAAAAUAAUACAGAGCUUUUUAAUCUUCAACAAGAUUACGCAGAUUCGCCGCCAGAUUAUCACAGAAAAUAUGCUUAAGUAACUACAUCAUCACUGGUUAUGACAUAAUUAAUUCGUUAUACAAAAUAAUUAGUUUAUUGCAAAGUUAUGAGAAUUUUAUAGGUGAUGUGUUAUAUAUAUAUAUUUUUUGAAUUGUAAACUUAUUUUUUUAGUUUAUCAUGUGUACAGAAGAAUAUAUUAAACUCAAUAGUUCAUAGUUUAUCUUAGAUUAAAAUGUAUAACUAAUAUAAUUAAUUUAUUGUAAAUACAAUAUGUUACAAUUACAUUGCUUAACUACAAUUUUA